GUGGAUAAAGUUAUCUACUUUUUCUUCUUGUGAAUAUUAUCUGCACAUUAUUGCAGCUAAAGUUAUCUACGUCUUCCACUAGAUCUCAAAUCUUUCACUUGCAUACCCAAAUUAGCAAGGAGAGGUAAUCACCAAAAAUAACCUUCAUAGUUCCUUGAAGAUCUUUGUCCCCAAGAGAUAUCCACUCUGAUCGAGUUCUGAACUACCCCCAGGAAUAGCUUUUGGUCUGAAAUCAUGGCAGAAUUUGGACAGAGUGUGGACUUUUAGCUGAUUUGGUCUUGAUCGCUGAUCUAUAAGUAUGGCGACGAACAAAAAGACUAUAGUUUGGUUCAGAAGAGACCUAAGGAUUGAGGAUAAUCCUGCAUUAGCCGCUGCUGCUCACGAAGGAUCGGUUUUCCCUGUUUUCAUUUGGUGUCCGGAGGAAGAAGGACAGUUUUAUCCAGGAAGGGCUUCAAGAUGGUGGAUGAAACAAUCACUUGCUCACUUAUCUCAAUCCUUGAAGGCUCUUGGAUCUGAGCUCACUCUUAUCAAGACCCAUAACACCGUUUCCGCGAUCUUGGAUUGUAUCCGCGCCACUGGUGCCACAAAAGUCGUCUUUAAUCAUCUCUAUGAUCCUGUUUCGCUAGUUCGGGACCAUACCGUAAAGGAGAAGCUUGUGGAACUUGGGAUCUCUGUGCAAAGCUACAAUGGAGAUCUACUGUAUGAGCCGUGGGAGAUUUACUGCGAAAAGGGCAAACCUUUUACGAGUUUUAGUUUGUACUGGAAGAAAUGCUUAGACAUGUCGAUUGAAACCGUUAUGCUUCCUCCUCCUUGGCGGUUGACGCAUGUCACUGCAGCGGCUGCACCGGUUUGGGCAUGUACAAUUGAAGAACUAGGUCUAGAAAACGAGGCCGAGAAGCCGAGCAAUGCGUUGUUAACUAGAGCCUGGUCCCCAGGGUGGAGCAAUGCUGAUAAGAUACUAAACGAAUUCAUUGAGAAGCAGUUGAUAGAUUACGCAAAGAACAGCAAACAAGUUGUUGGGAAUUCAACCUCACUGCUCUCUCCAUAUCUACAUUUCGGGGAGAUAAGUGUCAGACGUGUUUUCCAGUGUGCCCGGAUGAAACAAAUCAUGUGGGCAGGAGGUAAGAACGGUGAAGGAGAGGAAAGCGCGAAUCUUUUUCUAAGAGGGAUUGGUCUGAGAGACUAUUCCCGGUACAUAUGUUUCAAUUUCCCGUUUACUCACGAGCACUCGUUGCUGAGCCAUCUUCGGUUUUUCCCUUGGGAUGCUGAUGUUGAAAAGUUCAAGGCCUGGAGUCAAGGCAGGACUGGAUAUCCAUUGGUGGAUGCCGGAAUGAGAGAGCUUUGGGCUACUGGUUGGAUGCAUAACAAGAUAAGAGUGAUCGUUUCGAGCUUUGCGGUGAAGUUUCUUCUUCUUCCAUGGAAAUGGGGAAUGAAGUAUUUCUGGGAUACUCUUUUGGAUGCUGAUUUGGAAUGUGACAUCAUCGGCUGGCAGUAUAUCUCAGGGAGCUUACCUGAUGGCCAUGAGCUUGAUCGCUUGGACAAUCCUGCGAUACAAGGGGCGAAAUAUGACCCAGAAGGCGAGUACAUAAGGCAAUGGCUUCCGGAGCUUGCGAGAUUGCCAACGGAAUGGAUCCAUCAUCCAUGGGACGCUCCUUUAACCGUACUUAAAGCUUCUGGUGUGGAACUUGGAACAAACUAUGCGAAACCCAUUGUGGAUAUCGACACAGCUCGUGAGCUACUCGCUAAAGCCAUAUCAAGAACUCGUGAAGCACAGAUCAUGAUCGGAGCAGCGCCUGAUGAGAUUGUAGUGGAUAGCUUCGAGGCCUUAGAGGCUAACGCCGUUAAAGAACCAGGUCUUUGCCCGUCUAUGUCUUCUAAUGACCAACGAGUACCUUCGGCUGUUGCUUACAAUGGGUCAAAGAGAGUGAAACCCGUGGAAGAAGAAGAAGAAGAAAGAGACAUGAAGAAAUGUAGAGGAUAUGAAGAAUUUAGUAGAGAAGAAGAAAAGGACUUGUUUUCGACUGCUGAUUCUUCUUCUUCUUCGACGGUUAGGAGUGUGUUCUUGGUCUCGCAGUCUUGUUCGUUGCUAUCAGAAGGGAUGAAGUUGGAAGGUAUUCAUGAUUCAUCCGAUCAGAUUACUGCAAGUUUGGGAAAAAGUGGUUGAAAAUCUUUAUCAAAAUAAGAUUUAAACUGUUCUUCUUGUUAUGAUUAUAAAGUAUAACAUGUAGAAGUGUGAAUGUGUCUUUUCACUCUUUGUCCCUUUUGAUAAUGCUCAGAAGGAAAAGAUUGAAAAAAACAUAUAUAAUGCUAAUAGUUUCGGUUUCUGUUUCUAUGUUUGAACAAAAUAUAUGUAUGUAUGUUCUUGUGGUGUUUGGAA